AUGCUCCUGGAUCCUCGAUGCAGUUUGAAGAAGAAGAAGAAGAAGCAGAAGAGGAUCACAUUUAGCCAAUCAGGACUCUCAAGUGGUUGCCUUAGUGGCGGAGUGGAGGUGGUUGUGGCGGUGGCAGAGGUGGAGGUGGUGGUGGAGGCGGAGGAGUGGGCUGUGGGAAAAGAAGUGGUUUCUACUUGUACUCCAAAGGAAGAGCUUUCUCAUUGGCUUCGAGAAGCAGUAGAUGCUCCUGGUAAAACUCCUGAACUUGAUUUGCCAUCGACUUUGUCUACAAUAGCACAAUCUGUCCGUAUCUUGUAUGGGGAAGAGUCCUCCAAAAUUCCCCCAUUUAUUGACCCGGGACUACCUCCCCCCCUUCCCCAGGAUCCUCGAUGCAGUUUGAAGAAGACGAAGAAGAAGAAGAAGAAGAGGAUCACAUUUAGCCAAUCAGGACUCUCAAAGCCAGCCUUUCCUCUGCAUCCAAACUCGAGUGACGGGGUUUCAGGAUUCCCUAGGAUUGAGCCAAACUUCAACAUAGCUUCUCUCAAUCCGAAAAUGACGAGCUUAUCAUCUUCAUCUGGGACAACUACAAUCAAGAAAGAAAACAAUGUUGAAGUGGUGGCGAGCGGCGGCUGGCGCGGUCAAUAUUGCGGCGGUAACACCAUCCGGACGUUGUUUCAACACGAUUCAAGCUAUUACAAAAGAAAUACAGAGUUUCCGCCCGAGACCGAUCCAUGGGGCGUGAUUUUCUCCCAAAGCUACGUCGAAAGAGACCCUGACGACCCCACCUCCAUCGCCGCUUUCGCCUCUGUAUCCCGGAAAGUCCUUCUUACCACCGAGCGCAAGUAG